UCGAAGAACGACGGUAGACGCCCGGUGCUUGUACACGAAAACAGUGAGGAAAUAAUUAAUUCGCAUUGCACGCGCCGACCAUCCAAAUGUGUAUAGGAGAAAAGAAAUAUUUUUAUUCGCGUCGUGCAAUAUCGCGUAAUUGUGUAUAAAGAGAAAAACUUUGAUUGGAAUUAAAAAAUGGAUAGCAUUAAAGUCGCGAUCAAAGUGAGACCGCUAAUAAAGCGCGAAAAGGAAGAAAAUCUUUUGAUGCAAUGGGCAGUCCAGGAUAAUUCAAUAGCUCCUCUCGACCCCGAGCUCAAGAAACGUGGAGAACCUUUUUUCUUUGAUCACAUAUUUGAUACUUGCCGAACAAACUAUGAUGUCUUCGAUGUUAUUGCCAAGCCUAUUGUUGAGGCUGCUAUGACUGGCAUCAACGGAACAAUUUUUGCUUAUGGGCAAACUGGUUCUGGCAAGACUUAUACCAUGAUGGGUGAAGAGAAUUUUCCAGGUGUCAUUCCAUUGUCCAUCGAUUACAUCUUCGAUCGAAUCGCACAUAUUUAUGAUCGAGAAUUUUUGCUGAGAGUUUCGUACAUAGAAAUAUACAAUGAAAAAAUCAAUGAUCUUCUGGACAAAGAACGCAUUGACCUGAAAAUUAACGAAGACAAAAGUGGUCAGAUCACUGUGAAAUGUAAAGAAGAGGUUGUCAAUUGCCCGGAAAAUGUUACAGCUGUCAUGAAGAAAGGUCUUAAAAAUCGAAAAAUUGGAGAAACCAAUAUGAAUGAGAAAAGCAGCAGGAGCCAUACUAUAUUUAGAAUUACAAUUGAGGGUCAUGAAUCAAAUUCCAACGGAGCGGUCCACAUUUCCCAAUUGAAUUUGGUCGAUUUGGCUGGCUCUGAGAGAAUCAAACAGACGGGGGCAACUGGCGAACGUUUGAUUGAAGGACGACAUAUAAAUUUAUCUUUGUCCACGCUAUCACGCGUCAUUAUGUACCUCAGUGAAAGCCAAGACAACCCACAAAAAUUCGUGAAUUUUCGGGACAGCAAACUCACGCGAAUACUGCAAGCAUCUCUCGGUGGCAAUGCCAUGACGACGAUUAUUUGCGCUGUUACGCCAGCUGCUUUAGAAGAAACGCAGGCCACAUUGGCAUUCGCCUCGAGAGCGAAAAAAAUUCACAAUAAACCAGAAGUCAAUCGUUGCCUUUCGGACGCGGCUCUAUUGAAACGAUAUAAAAAACAGUUGGCCAAACUCGAGGACGAAUUGGAGAGAGUAAAAGGUGCCAAUUUCGAGGAAAUGGAAUCGAUGCUCAUGGAGAAGGAGUCAAAAUUGAUGGAAAAAGAUCGAGCUUAUCAAUUGUUGGAGGAACGUAUCGAACUGUUGAAAACGCGAAUCGUUUCGGGCAACAGUGCACCUGAGGAUCAAUCUUUCAAAUGCCGUUCCAAGCGUCGACGUACCUGGUGCGGUCCUGGCGCUUUCCAAACCAAACUAUCGCCUUUGACCUUAUCCGAUCUUCCGACCAUCGAAGAGUUGGAUAAAUCCCCUGAUAUAAACGCAAAAAAGAAACAGAGAAAGAAACGCCAAAGCAUCAUUCAAUCGAUUGACAUACCAAAUCAAACUUUCCAGACUGCAUUCACCGAUUUUGAACUCGAAUUGAUCGAGAGCGAAAGAUUACGAAAUCGUUUUUCCGAUGUCAGUUCCGGAGGUGACGAUGAUUUCACUAUUACGAAACGGCCACUGCAACGGAAUGUAAAGUUCUUGGACGAUGUAGCAGUAAUGGAAGAGGAACGAUCUAGCUCUGAAGUAUCACCCGAGAAGAAAAAGACGGAUUCGACGUCGCCUGACACACCAAAAGCAGUGCUGAGGUCAAGGAUCGAUUUUCUUAGAGAACAAUUCGUUUCCCUGAAAGACGAUCACUCCAGUAUUAGAGAGUACACAACUUUGGAGCGGCAGAUGUUUGUAGAUGAAGCAGUUGAAGCCGCAAUGGUCGAGCACAACAAGACUGUUGAAUUGCUGAAACAGCAACUGGCUGACAGCGAAAAAUCGAAUGAAAUUCUUCAGAAGGAAUUAGCUAAAUCUACGAAUUCGGUGAGAACGUUGAAAAACGAAAACGAAUCGCUCGUUCACGAGCUUAAUAAGCUCAAAUCCUCGGAAACCACAACACAGAUCGAGCUCUCGAAAGGCGUCACGAACGAUAAAGAAAUGAGCAGUAUAUUCGCCAAUAAUACGUAUUUCGACGAAAUGGAAGUUUCAGAUUCCCAAUGCGAUUCCUCAGCGACGAACGAUACCGCAAACAUGGAAAGUAUUUUGAUCACUGACAUAAAUUUGUCCAACGACACGACUAUCAAUAAAAUGGACGAAUCGAAGAAAUCGAAAGAUAACUGUAACGCAUCGUACAGCGAAUUCGUGAAACAAAUUGCCGAGAAAAGCAGCGAAGAACUCAUUCGUAUCACACAGGACCUUUUCAACACCAAAUUAUCCCUGGAAGAAGAAAAUGCGAAGCUCGAAGCUACGUUGAGACAAAAAAUUCGUGAAGCUGACGACGUGAAAAAUGACAUCCGGGAAUUGAAAUCGGGCAUUGAAAAAUUGCAAGAAACCAUUCAAAUUCUGACGACCGAAAAUACCGAUUUGACCAGCAAACUUACUCAUGAGAAAGAAUUCGCCAAAGAAGCUGAGAAGAGUUUUCAAUCCACCAUCGCAGAGUUAAAUUCAAGUAUUGCGACGAUGACUCAGGAGAAGAUAGCAAUGGAAAAAAGUAUGAAGGAGCUCAACAAAAAUCAAUCUUCUGCAACCGAUGAGAAAACGUUAAAUUUGAUGGAAGAAUAUAAACAAACGAUCAUAUCACUGACAUCUGAAAACAUCGAGUUGUCCACGAGCCUAAUGAGUUUGACAGAAGAUCUGGACCUCCUGAAAGCCCAGAAUAAGAUCGCAGGCGAGCACGAAUGUGAAUAUCGUCAGUCGAUGAUCGGUCUUGUGGAACGCAACAAAAGUUUAGAAAACGAAAAUAUCGAAAUUUCGAACAAUCUAAUGGAUAAAAUAGAGGAGUACGAUAGCUUGAAAAAAGACUAUGAGCUUUUGUGCAACAAAUUAUCCUCACCAUCACAACAGAAUCUGACUCAAAAUCUCCUCAACUUUUCAAUGACUCGCACAAGUUUGCCGAGUAACGAAGUAACGAGUGAUCCUGAGCGAUUGAUGAUCACAACGAACGGCGCGACGAUCGAUGAUCUUUUGCGAUUGUCACUUCCAGCCAACGAUCUAACGCCUGACAAAGCCUCGAGAACCAACGAGGCUAUUGACGAUCUUUUGCAAAUGUCUGCACUCCCCGUGGAAAAUCUCGAUCAGAUGGAAAUGUCCAAAGAAGAAAGUAUCGAGCAGUGGAAAUUGAAGGCGCAAAUGCUCCACGAACAGGUCAUUAAACUAACUUUGAUCAACGAAAAAUUAAGAAACCUCAAAAUCACCUCGUGCAAACAAUGCGCGCAUUCCCUCGAACUCCGACAGACCCGUAAAAUGCUCGAAAGCGAAGUUAAAUCGCUUACUCGAACCCUCGAAGAUUUACAGAGAAAGUUCGAUCGCGACUUUGUCGGUACGGAAAUCCUUCGAACCAAAGCGAGCGAAGACAUGGAUCUGAGCGUUUGUGAUUCGAGCUUCGAUACUAGUGUCAACCUUGACGCUAGUUCCAACGUUUCCGUCGUCGAAGAACGGGUACAGUCGUUGCGCAGCCAGGUCGAUUCACUGAAAGCUGAACUCGGAACGAUGACGAAUCUUUGCCUACAAAAGUGCAACGAAAUCGACAAACUUCAGGACACUUUGACGCGAGAAUCAUCACCAGUCACGAAUGUCGAGUCACCGAGAACGCGACGCAACGACUCUAAGUUCGAAAAGGCUCAAACUGAAAUAAAAAAGUUGCAGGACGAACUACGAACUUUCAAGAAAAGAAUCGCCAGCAUCACGGCCACGUUACAAAAAUUCGAUAAUAUUGAGAGUAUGCAAACUGAAAUCGAAAAUUUGAAAAGUGAUAAUCAAAUGCUAGAGAAAAAAUUGAUGGAAACAAAGAGCUUUUCCAUGGCCUCAGAAAAAUGCGAAUUGUUAGAAAACAAAGUUACGAGUCUUACUUCCGACAUUUCCACCUACGAAAGUAUGAAAGCACAAUUGGAACGUGAAAAAUCAUUACUGAUUACUCAAAUCGAAAAGUUAACAUCAGAAAAAGUGAAUCUUGAAGAAAAACUCAUUGAAGAAAGCAAAGCAUUAUCCAUAGCGCAAGAAAAAAUUCAAGCGAUGGAAAUCGAAGUUGCUCGGCUCAAUUCGGAAAUCGCCACCCACGAAGCAGCCAGUGAGGAACUGAAAAAUACCAAAUCCUCACUGGACACUGAAGUGCAAACUCUGAGGACCGAAAAACAACUUCUCCAAGAUAAACUCAUGGAAAUCGAGAUUUCAAUGGUGCCAAAAGAAAAAGUUGACUCGCUGACAGAAGAAGUUGCUCGUAUGAGCUCAGAAAUAAAGAAUCAUGAAAUGGUGAUUGAACAAAUGGAAGAAGCGAAAUUGAAUCUGGAAACAGAAAUCCAAAGAUUGAAAGCCGAAAAAAACGAAGGAAAUCUUUCGAUUGCUGAACAAAUUGUCAAAAAGGAUGAAACCAUUGAAACGCUGAAAAACGAUGUCUCGCGUCUUAUUUCGGACCUCGAAAGCUUAAGUGUCGUCAAAUAUGAAUUAGACAACUCUAAAUCUUUGCUGGAGGAGGAAAUUCAAAAGUUGAAAACUGAAAAGGACGAAGAAAAAUUGCUGGCAAUUGAAGAAACUAGAAAAAAAGACGAAACGAUUGAAGCACUGACCAACGAAGUUUCCCGACUCAUCUCGGAACUCGAAAACGUCAACGCCGUCAAAAGUCAACUGGAAGAAUCGAAAUUGUCUCUGGAAAAAGAAAUUCAAACGUUGGAAACCGGAAUAGCUGAAGAAGAACUUGCGACGAGUCAACUGAUCGCGCAGGAAGAUUCAACGGUGGCAGAGCUACAAAACAAAGUGGAUCGUUUGACCUCAGAAAUCGAAAACUUCGAUGUAGUUCAAAGUCAACUUCAAAACUCUAAAUCGUCGCUGGAAACAGAAAUGGGAAUUUUGAAAGCCGAAAAAGACGAAGAAAUACUUUCGAUGACGCAGCUGAUCGUGGAGAAAGAUUCGACGAUCGAAGAACUGGAAAAUAAAAUUGCUCGUCUUACUUCACAGUUCGAAAACCUCGAUGUCGUCAAAAGUCAACUGGAAGAAGCCAAAUCGUCACUGGAAACGGAAAUUAAAACCUUGAAAAUCGCCCAGGACGAAGAAAUGCAUUCGAUGACUGCGUUGAUUGCGGAAAAAGAUUCGAAAAUCGAAGAGUUGGAAAACAGAGUUGCUGAUCUUAUUUCACAAAUCGAUAAUUCUAAUGUCGUCGAAAGUCAACUGGAAGAAGUUAAAUCGUCAUUGGAAAUGGAAAUUAAAACUUUAAAAACUGCUCAAGACGAAGAAAAGCAUUCGAUGGCUGAAUCGAUUGCGGAAAAAGAUUCGAAAAUCCAAGACUUGGAAAAGAAAAUUACUGAUCUCAUUUCUCAGGUCGAUGAGUCUGAUGUUGUCAAAGGUCAACUGGAACAAGUCAAAUCAUCGCUGGAAUCUGAGAUUGAAACGUUCAAAGCUCAGAAAGAAAAGGAUCACCUUUCAACGACUGAACUUAUCGCGACGAAAAAUUCGACGAUUGCUGAGCUGGAAGAUAAAGUUGCUUUCCUCACCACCGAAAUCGAAAACUGCAGUGCUUCGAAAAAGAAAUUGGAGCUGACGAAUUUGGCGUUGGAGACCGAGAUAAAUUCGUUGAAAAUUGAAAAAGAGAGCUUUGAGGAAUCGUUGAAAAAUGAGAAAGUUUCAGCGGCCGAGGCAAAAGUCGAAUGCUUGGAGGACGAAGUUUCUCGUCUCAACUCACAAAUCGAUAAUUUGGAAACGGCAAAGACAGAACUCGAAGAAGCUAAAUCACAUCUAGAGAAUGAAGUCCGGUCAUUGAGAGCAGAGAACGAAACUUUCAAGCAAGAUUUAUUGGCAGCUGAGAGGAUUAUCGAGAGUCAAGAAAAAAUUGCUUUGGAAGAAAAAGUCGAAAGCUUGAUGACAGAAAAAAGUGAGAUCGAACAAAGCCUUACGAGCUUGCGUGACACCGUGAGCAAACUGGACGAGAAAAAUUCUUUAUUGAGCGAAGAGUUACGAUCAAUAAAAGCGGAAAAACUCGUUCCUGGCAGAGUCGUCGAAACGAGCAGGUCAAAUGACAGCGACGACACUGAUUCAUCGAUAUUUAAGAAAAAAGAGAAAACCCCGUCGAAUUUCCCGUACGAAAAACAUCUCGAGGAGCUCGAGUCUGCGAAAAAAUCAAUCAGAAAAGAAAUUAGGGCUCUGAAACCGUCUACGGAAGGUUUGAACUUGGAGGAAAAAUCGACGAGCGAAUUAUUCGGCUUUUUCGUAACGACCAUCAUGACCAAAGAACAAGAAGUGGUGAAAGCAUUGAGCGACAACUUCGAGAGAGAGAAAAGAAAGCUCGAGGAACGUCAGAGGCAGAGCAUCGAUGGUCAAAAGCGAGCAUCUGUGUGGGCGAAAGAGCUUGAAGCUGAGAUCGAAAAGAACCAGCAAGAUUUGACUCGUCAAGAGUUGAAGAAUGCAGAACUUGCCCGGAAAAUAAGCAGCUUGGAAAAUCUCCUGUUGGAAACUAAUCACGAGAAUCAGAUGCUGAAAGAGAAGAUGAAGGUGUUGGAAGCUGAUUUCGAUACGAUGGAAAUGAAGCCGAAGAAAACGCCGGAAUCCCGACAGAAUUCAGCCGCAAAUGCGAGCCAGGAUAAAGAACGUUUCAUUCGGGAAAACGUCAACACCCGUGAGCUCGAAUUAAGUUCGAAGCUUCGACAGGCCGAGAAACAAUACAAGGAAAAAUUGGACGAGCUGACGAGUAACCUCGAACACCUUAAAACGCGAAACAUCGAUUUAUCGAAUAAUUUGGAGGGUUUGGAAGCGAAUGAGAGACAAUUGAAAAAUAUCGUCGAUAUGCGGACUAACGAAUUGGCCAAGUGUAACUCGACGAUCGCGAGAAUACAGAGCGAGUUGGACCUGAUGAGGGAAUCUUACAGUCAGUCGAGCCGCGAUAACGCGACGAAGGAUGAGAAAAUCGCAGAAAUAACGAACUUGUUGAAAACCAAGUGUGACAAGCUGUCCGAGUACAAAACCAGACUGGAGACAAUAACGCCCGAGUACGAGCAGCUGAAGGAACAGGCGACCGAACGACAAAUGAAAUUAGAAAAGUACAAAAGCCAAAUCGAGUGUAUGACAGCGGAAAGUGAGAAGACUAUUUCGUCGUUGAAAGAUCGUUUGGACGCGGAGGAAAUCGAAUCCGUUGGUUAUCGAAAACAACUGGCCGAGCUGACGAAUCGUAACACUACAUUGCAAAUGGAACUCGUGGAAUUGCGCGCAAAGUGCGACGAGCUCGAAACAUCGAACGCGAAAUUGGCCAAGUCGAUGAGAAACAGCACCAGCAAAAUUCGGGCUGAGGAAGAGAUGGAAGAAUUGCGAGAUCGCAAUCGUACGCUCGAACGAAAUUUGGACGGUGCCGGUAAUCGUAUAAACGAAUUGCAAGACAUUAAAACGCGUUUGACCAAGGAGCUGGUCGAUUUGCGAGUCCAGUACGAAACCACCAACGCUCAAAACGAAGAGCUGCAGAGCGUGUUAUCGUCGCAUCGAUCCAACGUCGCCGACACUAUCGAAUGGCGAGAAAAAUACGAAGCUCUACUGCAAGAAAAAAGUCGCACAGAAAUGGAACUCAUGGACAAGAAGAACCGUUUCAUUCAAAUGGAAAAAAGGAUUGAAAAUCUCGCACAAGAGAACGAGGAAUUGAAGACUAAAAACAGUGAACUCGACGCUGAGAUGGACGACAUCGUUUCGGAAAUCAACGAGCUGAGGAAAGAAAACGGAAAGCUCGACGACCAGUUGUACAAUACUCAAAACACCUUAGAAUCUUACAAAUCCGAAAUAAAGGAAUUGACAACAAAGAAUCUUGAUUUCGAGAGAAAGGAAAAGGAUUACAUCGAAGAAAUCCAAGAUUUGAAAAUUCAGAGGAACAAGCUUCGCUGCGAAAAUGGUAUGACGUAUAAAAAUUCGGCUCACGAAAAUUCUGAGCUACGAACUAAAUUGCCACAACUCGAUCGCGGCGACUCCCUCACGUGUGGCGAUAAUGACAGAAGUUCGAGUCCCACGCUGGUGGAAGCAGCUCGCGUAAUCAACGCUCGGAGGAGAUCACGAACCGAGUUUUUCAACACGAAUCGAUCUCUCCAAAAAUCCGAAAACGAAGACAACGAUAACUGCACUUGCGACAUUCAAAGACAACGCUGCUCCGAACUCGAAAAAGAUUUAGCCCUCAAAAAUGCUAAAAUAGCAACCCUAGAAAUUCAAAUUCAAAGUGAAAUAUUUCCGCAUAUGAGAAAGUGCAAAGAUCUGGAAGAGAUUGUUGCUUCACUCAUGAAAAAGAACAAAACACUCAAAGCGGAAGUCAGGAAUCUCCAGGAAACGAGAGCUCGAGAAAUUGAAAAAGAAUGCGAGCGAUGCAAACGAUGGAAACAGAAUAAACGCGACCAAGCAUCGCAGUGUCUGCCUGAGAGCGGACCAAUACAAAUGAGCGGCAUGAGCAGCGGAAUCGUCGAAAUGCACACGAAAAACACGAAACUCGAAAAGGAGCGAACGUUGCUGAUGAAUUUGUGCAAGAGUCGAGCGAAGAAAAAUAUAGAGUUGGAAAAAUCCAAUGCGGAGUUGAAACAACGGAUUCUAGAAUUGGAAAGAGGAACCGCCAAUUCUUCGACGUUCAACGCAAUAUCGAUACCUGAUCCCUCUCAUCCGAGCAGAGAAGCGAUGAAGGAAAACGUACCGGCUAUCUGGGAACACCCGAAACAAUCGUCCAACGUGAGACGCAACUGGUUCCACUAGCGAGGGGAAUUAUAUUCUUCCUAUUUUUUUUUCUCGUUUUUAUUACGUAACGUAAUUUUUGGGACGACUUUAUAAUACAAAGUUAAAAUUGUUAGUCCAGUAUUUUCGUACUACCAUAAAAAUGUAAAUAGAAUUUUUCUACCUUUUGUAAGCUAUUGCUUCGUACUCUGACAAAUAUUAAGUGUAACAAACCAAACUGUAUUUUCCAAUAUUACAUAAUGUCGAAAGCGCAAAACAAGUGGAUCCUCGAAUAGUUAGGAAAAUAGGAUCCUUUGAAUAAGGCUAAUAGACAAAAAAUUUAUUCUCGUGCUAAACAAUUUUAAAGAAUAUAUUUUUUUUCAAAGUUCAAGAUGGA